GGGGAAAAAAGGAUUUAGGAACAGUGGACGUGACGUCAGGGGAUUAUUUGCAUACUGCGCAGUAUUUAUAGUCAGCUCGAGGCUGCGUAUAUCACUCUGCUCCUCCGCAGCUUGACGUGUGUUCAGUCAUUUGUCUGACCAGAUCCCGAGCCUCUGGAAACAUGGCUGAUAAACCAGACAUCACAGAAGUCACAACCUUUGACAAGACCAAGCUGAAGAAGACGGAGACUCAAGAGAAGAACACACUGCCAACCAAAGAAACCAUCGAACAGGAGAAGACAUCAUAAUGAAGACGGGUCGUCCUGCACACCAUACAUUCCAUAAGCCCUGCCUUUUUUCUUUUUUUCCUGUUUCAACAUGAAGUCAAGUUGCAGUACUAAUUGACAAAACAAUGGCUAUACAACCAUCACUUGCCUAUACACCCCUUUUUUGUACAGUAAAGAAUGGCUUGAUGUCAGCAUGGGUUCCUGGAGUUGAAGAGCAGGUGUGCCAUGAAACAACUUAAGGGACCUACACUUUGACCUGUUGCCCUACUCUGGCCACUUGUGAAUGCUAACAAUGCAAACUGUGUCUUUUUUUGUAAAUCUGGAAUGCACACGUUUGUUGAAUAUGCAAAAUAAAAACAUGUAAAUUGUCA